UGACUGGCGCAUCCCACAACCCCCAGAUUAGGUCCUUGUUUAUCCCGGCGCCGGGACAGGCCGAGGACGAAAGCGCUGGCGUCCAUAGCGGCUAUCGCCCCGGGCUUUGAUCUCGGGGCCAUGAGCCAGGCCUCCCAUCACAAUGCGCUCUCUCAGACGCAGCCUCGUUACCAAACUCUCCCACCACUGUCAACCCCACAUGCGCAAUAUGAGCAGCCAUCCCCGCCAUACACGGUUGCUAGCAGCCACUACAGCCCCAAUGAUCACCCGGACGCGUCACCUGGCAAGCGACGCAGGAUCUCUAACGGCGACCAUGUUGAGGGCGGCAAGGAAACCGGCCAAGCGAAAGCCGCCGCCACUGGCGCGAAGUCAAACUCUCGCGUCGUGUUGGCGGCACUUCCGGGUGGAGGAAUAGGCCGUGCCAAGGGUGGGGACGACGAUGGCGACGACGACAGUGGCGGCCGGAGCAGGCCUGUUCCUCCUGCCAACCCAGCAGCGAGCAAGUCUCGACGCGUGCGCACAGGCUGCUUGACCUGCCGCGAACGCCAUCUCAAGUGCGACGAGGGCAUGCCGGACUGCAACAACUGUCAGAAGAGCAACCGCGAGUGCAAACGAGGGGUGCGGCUGAACUUCAUCGACGUGCAGGUCAAGAACCCACCCUACGUGCCUCCAAGGCUGGAAUGGUCAGUCAAGUUUCAGGACGAGUCGAGGUUGAUUGCGUCCGAGUAUCAGGGAGGGAUAGGACGAUAUCUCCAGCUUGACCGAAAAACCAUUACGCCACCGCGAGAAGCGGAGCCGGACGAAACGCGCCGCCGGCUGUCUAUCCCUACGGGGGCUGACGACGUGGUUGCACCCAAUGACGGGCCUGGAGGUAAAGAUGUCGAGUUCCCGUCAAGAUCCCGAGAUCCACAUUUUCCUAGCCGCGUUGAACAGGCCGCUACCCCCGCUCAACAUCCAGGGUAUGACGACGGUCAGCUACCUCAGAUGCGAGAGUUGCUGUCUAGGCAUAGCAGCAGUGCCUUUUUGACAGCUUCUGCACCGACGCCAGCGACCCAGGCACCGUCUCCGGGUGACGCCUUUCUGCUCAACGAUGCGUAUGGCAUCAAAGAGGAAUCGGUUCCUCGAACCUUUUCCACCAACAUGUCGAGCACUUUACCAACCCUCGCCCCACAAACUAGUUCUGGCGGCUCAAUGCUGCAAAUCCGUGGUUCCAGCGGCCAAGGAAGCACGCCUGAGGGAUCUACAACACCAAACGACAAAGCAGCGGCUGACCGCGACUAUCUGAGCACCAACGACGAGAUUCUGUUUAUGCGCACAUUCAUUGAAGAAGUUGCCGUCUGGAUGGAUAUCCUGGACAAGGACAAGCACUUCACCAAUAUGACGCCGAACCUGGCGCUCGAAUCACCCAUGUUGCUGAACGCGUUUCUUGCAUGCGGCGUCAAGCAGCUGACGCUGGUCGAGGACUACAACGAGGAGAAAGCAGUCUAUUACUACGACACGGCAACGACGCAGCUCCUCCGGUGCCUGCAAAAUCCGGACCGCAACAUAGACGAGUGCGCCACCACAGCCGUCGUGCUCAACGUAUACGAGAUUAUGACGGAAAAGCCAACGCGGCGCAUGAGCCACAUUGCCGGUGCUCGGGCGCUGAUUCGAGAAUGCGGCUGGAAUGCGUCGACGGCUGGCAUUGGGUCGGCUUGCUUCUGGAUUAACAUCGGCAUGGAAGUGCUCAGUUGCCUGGCCUAUAACUGGCAUACGGCAUGGGACCCGGAUCAGUGGGGGUUGGACCUGAGCUUCACAAACUGGCCUUCAGGCAACGAGAGCCGUGACGACAGCGGCCCAAACGGCGACAGGAGAGACAGCCACGCGAGACACAUGCUUGAGACGGCCGGCCGUGGCGAUGAGGAGAGCUGGGUGCACCGCAUUUUGUACAUUGUGGCCAAGAUCUCGAACUUCCGCGCAAACAUCCCACGCUUCCAGGAGGCGUCGCCACACGAUGAGCAGGUUCGCCUGCAGACUCGCUUCGCCGAGUGGAAGAGGUUCAAGGGCAUGUGCGAUGCUUGGAACAAUAACUGCCCCCGCCCAAUGCAGCCGUAUGGCUAUGCGCACUCGCCAUCACGCAAAUCGCUCUUCCCAAACGUGUGGCUCAUUAAUCGUCCGGCAAUCUUAGGGCGUCUCUUUUAUCACACAGCCAUGUGUCUGCUCGCGCAGAUCAACCCUAUCAGCCCGCGCGAUAGCACCGAGAACCGCGCGGCGCAGCUGCACCACGCCCGGCAGGUUUGCGGCAUAGUCGCACAUACCGAGGACCGCGGCGUCGCGUCUGUCGCCAUCCGCAGCCUUACCAUCGCCAGCUCAGUCCUGACAGACCGCCCGGAAAAGGACGAGGUCCUGGCAAUCCUCAACAGGAUCAACAAGGCGACAGGCUGGCGCCUCGGGGGUGUGGUGGCGGAGCUGAAGAAGACGUGGGGGUGGGAGGUGGGCGCGCCGCUCGGCCUCGCCCCGAUGAGCACCCUGCCUCCAAGCAGGAGCAGCAGCAGCAGCACCUCCGCCGCCGCCUCGACCUCUGGCGGCCCACCUGCGUUCCAGUUCCCCGUGUCACAGACGCAGCAGCAGCAGCAGCAGCAGCAGCAGCAUUCGAGCCAGCGCCAGCACCAGACAGCGACAAGUGCCGGCUCUUCGUCUUCCCACCAUGUGGUCGCGACGCUGUCUCCGCCAAACGUCCACCCCCUGCUCAUGCAUGCCGACUUUGCGCACCAGAACCACCCGUAUCAAAACUACUACGAGCCGCCCAACCGGAACAACCAGUCCAGGCCGCACACGCGCAGUCUCUAGCCUGCGGAAUGUGUAAGAAGGUUGUCAAGGCAGACUUAAAUACUGCAUCAAUUCCAAAUGUUUAUAUUUUCUGCUGUACAUUUUAGCCAUUUCAUCCUCAUGACGCGGUUUCUUUUCCCUGCUACUCAUAUUUUGGAGAAACUGUUACAUUACCCUUCAGGUCAUUUGUAUACCUUUCCGCUUUC